AUGAGUUCUACAGUAAUAUGUCCCGUCUGCUCUCGCUCGAUUCGCGAGAAGGACAUUAAUCAGCAUCUCGACAACAAUUGCUUGGAUGACGGUCCAUCCACCUCUUCCCAGAGCAGGUUCAUCGGCUCUCUGAAUGCUGGAGCCCAGCGCAAGCUCCAACCGCCCAUUACCUCGCUCUUCAAUUCCCUCCAGAAGAGCGAUCGCCCUUUGCUCUCCUCACCCACCCCGUCUUCCCAGAUCUCAAGUGCAAAAGCUCCAAACGACCGGAAGAGGAGAGAGAUAGACAACUCUCACAUGUCCACGGAGAAGCCCGAGAAGCGUACAAGACUCAGUGCUUCUUCACGCCUCCACUCUGCCGCUCCCUUGGCAGACAGACUGCGCCCAUCUACUCUCGACGAAUUCGUUGGGCAGUCUCAUCUUCUUGGCCCUGGCUCUUUACUCUUGCACUUACUUAACUCAGGAACAGUUGGCAAUGUCAUCUUCUGGGGACCACCAGGGUGUGGGAAGACAACCCUUGCCAGGUUGCUAGCCAAGCGCACAGACUCUAUUUUCAAGGAGCUCAGUGCCACUGACUCAGGGAUCUCAGACGUGCGCGCCAUCGUAGAGGAAGCUAAGACUGUCCUGGCGCUCACAGGAAGGCGAACAAUACUCUUCUUGGAUGAGGUGCACCGUUUUAACAAGGCACAACAGGAUAUAUUCUUACCAUAUCUCGAGCAAGGACAUGUGCAGUUGAUAGGUGCAACUACGGAAAAUCCGUCCUUUAAGUUGACCGGAGCCCUUAUAAGUCGUUGUCGCGUGUUCGUGUUGGAGCGUCUUACAGAUGAGGAUAUCAAUCGGAUUGUUACCCAAGCAGUCGAACGCGUGACAGCGACUGCCCAUAAUACUGCUACUAAGACCGCAGACGUAGAAAUUCCAAGCUCUCAGCCUGAAACGGAGCUAUCACUGUCGCAGCCGAAUACACUCUCGCCCGCGGCCUCUUCUGCGACGCAGUCUCCUUUUCCAUCUUAUCCACAGCUGAAUUCCAAAAUUCUGUCCUCUAUUGUCUCUCUAUCCACGGGCGAUGCACGCACCGCUUUGUCCUUGCUCGAACUUGUCUUGUCCUCGCCUGCCGAUGCUGACCCUGACCAAAUACUAUCAUCACUGCGCCGCUCAGUGUCUACCUCGUACGACCGCACUGGUGAGAGCCACUAUGACAUGAUAUCUGCCCUACACAAGAGCGUUCGCGGCAGUCAGGGCAGUGCCGCGUUAUACUGGCUUGCACGCAUGCUCAGUGCCGGUGAAGACCCAUUGUACGUCGCCCGAAGAAUGGUAGUAUGCGCUAGUGAAGACGUUGGCCUAGCAGACAACCAUGCGCUACCUCUGGCGAUGGCAACAUACCAGGCGUGCCAAGUCAUUGGUAUGCCCGAAUGCCGCAUCAAUCUUGCCCACCUCGUAUCUUACCUCUCGGAGGCACCGAAGUCGACACGCUCUUAUGGCGGAUACUGCCGCGCUGAAGAGGCGGCGAAGCUCGACCCAACUAUCCCAGUUCCUCUGAUGGUCCGUAAUGCUCCUACGAAGCUCAUGAAAGAGCUUGGAUACUCCCGCGGAUAUCAUUAUAAUCCAGAUUACUCACAUCCCGUUACCAAUGAUUAUUUACCGGUUCAGUUCAGGGGAGACGUCUUUUUGAAGCCAGACGGGGAUACGUCCGAUAAAAUUUGGGACGAGGCAGCCCUACGAGAGUGGGAGUUGGAAGAAAAUGGAGGCAAGCCUUGGUCUGGAAGACCGAAAGAGCCGUCAGAUCAGCCUAAAGAACCCGUGGACCGCAUGCCAUCCGCUGAUCCUCCGGACCAAGCAGCCUCAACACCAGUUUAA